AUUGGAAGGAUAGUAUGAAGGGAAAGUGAGGAAGAAAGGGUAUUAUCAAAAACUGUUGUUUUGCUAAACAAAGCAUUGGAAGAACGAUCUUGAAAUCCCAAACACAGCAGCAGCCAUGGAUUGCUGUUCUCUAACCUAACCUUUUUGCUACUCACUGGGUUGGGUCUCAAUCUCCUUCUCUUCCCCUCUUCUUUAUCCCUCGCCUUCUAUCUAUACGUCUCUCUGCUCUUUCUUUCACGCCUUAAAUCCGCAUCCAUCUCUUCUAUACCUCUGCUGCUUUUGCUGGAGAUUGAUGUGGGUCAAUAGAUCAUGCCCAGAUCUUGUUCUCUCUUGAUCCACUUGCUUAUCUUGUUGACCUUUAUGAACUCAAGGGGAAUAGAGGCGGGGGAGAGAGACGAAUAGAGUGAGGUUGUUCAUUGUUCCAUGUAAAAGAAGCUGUAUUUGCUUGGAAGAAAUUAGAGAAUUAGUGAGUGUUUCGAAGUGAAAAAGGAAAAUCUUUUGUUUUUCCAUUGAAGUCAUGAUUAAACAAAUACUUAAUAGGCUUCCACGAAAACCAUCGAAGUCAACCGAGCAUCGUGAAGGAGCUGGGACGAUUAUCUCUUCUUCUAAUGCUUCUACAAGUUCGAGGAGCAACGAUUUAGCAGCUAACAACAACCACGCCAACGCUGGAACUGGAUCUUUUUCUGGCCCGAAUUCUGCUUUGAGCAUUGGACAAAAUCAUGGCAGUAAGGCAUCUCAAGGGCUCAAUUCAAAGUCAAAUGGUAACUCCCAAGCUACUUAUGAGGCGCUACCAGGUUUCAAAGAUGUUCCGAAUUCGGAGAAGCAGGGGUUGUUCAUUAAGAAGCUGAACAUGUGUUGUGUGGUGUUUGACUUCACCGACCCGUCAAAGAACCUCAAGGAAAAGGAUAUCAAACGACAGACACUAAUAGAGCUUGUUGAUUAUGUUGCAUCUGUCAAUGGAAAGCUGUCAGAAAAUGUUAUACAAGAAAUUGUGAAGAUGGUGUCGUCGAAUUUAUUUCGAACGCCUACCAUCCCAUCACGAGAUAACAAAGCUUUAGAAGCAUUUGAUCUCGAGGAAGAGGAGCCUUCAAUGGACCCUGCUUGGCCACACUUACAAGUUGUUUAUGAGUUUCUGCUCAGGUUUGUGGCAUCACCUGAAACAGAUGCAAAGUUGGCAAAGAGGUACAUUGAUCACUCUUUUGUUCUAAGACUGUUGGAUCUUUUUGAUUCUGAGGACCCCAGAGAGAGGGAUUAUUUGAAGACAGUUCUGCACCGCAUCUAUGGGAAAUUUAUGGUACAUAGACCAUUCAUCAGGAAAUCAAUCAACAAUAUUUUCUACCGGUUUAUUUUCGAAACCGAGAAGCAUAACGGGAUUGCUGAGCUUUUAGAGAUUUUGGGCAGUAUAAUCAAUGGAUUUGCUCUUCCUCUAAAAGAAGAGCAUAAACUCUUUCUCGUUCGAGCACUUAUUCCUCUUCACAAACCGAAAUGCAUACCCAUGUAUCAUCAGCAGUUAUCGUACUGUAUAACACAAUUUGUAGAGAAAGAUUGCAAGCUUGCUGAUACAAUCAUAAGGGGCUUACUAAAAUAUUGGCCAAUUACAAACAGCUCUAAGGAGGUGAUGUUCUUAGGUGAACUUGAAGAAGUCUUAGAAGCGACUCAGCCUGCCGAGUUUCAGCGUUGCAUGGUACCGUUGUUUCGACAGAUUGGACGUUGCUUGAGCAGUUCACAUUUUCAGGUGGCUGAAAGGACUCUAUUUUUAUGGAACAAUACUCAGAUUGAGAACCUAAUCAAACAGAACCGCAAAGUCAUUUUGCCGAUUAUAUUUCCUGGGCUGGAGAGAAAUUCAAGAAAUCACUGGAACCAGGCUGUACAAAACUUGACACAAAACGUCCGCAAGAUCUUCUCGGAUGCUGACCCAGAGCUGUUCGAGGAAUGUUUGCUCAAGUUUCAAGAAGAGACACAGGAGAAGGAUGUGAAAUCGAGGCGUGAGGCCAAGUGGAAACGCUUGGAAGAGAUUGCUGCGGCGAAUGGUGCGAGUAACGAAGCAGUCCUCAUCUCUACCAAAGGAGGGUUAGGAGCAGCAACUGGGUAGCUAAGAGGAGAUGUUGACAUGGGCGUUCAGCAGAUUUGAUAUUGCAAUUGGUAUGUGAGCAUAAAAGGUAAUCUAAUCACCUCACCAUGUGAUUAAAAGCAGCUGCAGCAGCUAAAUUCAUGGUCCCAUUUUGAACAAAUUGGAUUGGAUUGGAUGGCUUUGAGGUGCAUUGGAGAAAUGUUGAGAUCAUCACUGCUGCUAUGCAUUUCAUUGAAGGAGCUGAAAUUUCUAUUUUUCAUGCAUUUUCUCUGUGUAUAUGUGAUUAGGAGAGAAGGAUUCGGGUCGACCGAGUCCCGGGGUAGGGUUGGGAUAUUCCUGUUUUGUUGUUGAACGGGUGAAAAGCAAGAACAAAGUUCAAUUUUUCAUAAUUGUGCUCAUCAGUAUCUGGAUGAUGGCCUUUGUUGUAAUUGAAGUUAUUGUUCUCUUGUUUCUUCUC